AUGCGAUUAGCACAUCCAACUUACUCGCUUUGUUUUUUGAUCCUCUGUCUUGGCUCAACAUCGGAAGAGCAGCAUUUCGGAUCCCUUGUAUUAUGUCCUCCUGGUGGUCAUUCAUUUGCAACUGCUUAUAUGAUGGCAUGCGAGAUGAAAAAGCGACGUCGUAGAAAACGUGAAUUUGGUUAUAGUGCAAUGCGACCAGCAACGCUAAAAGAAAUACAGAAAAUCUGCUGUGAUGUUGGAUGUGAGAUACGAGAUUUACUCGAUUACUGUGAUCCAUUCGGCGGUUUCAACAAUUAA